AUGGUAGAUCGGGCUCGGAAUAUGAAGGACUUGAGAUUGACCCCAGGUCCCACAGGACCGGAGCCCGAGGUUAGAAUGCCUGCCUUCGAGAAUAUUGAGUCCGUGAUCCCGGAAUCAACCUUGACCCUGAACAAGCUCGAAGAAACGUUGUUAGAUAGAAUCGGUAAUGAAGUUAUUCGGGACAAGGUGGGCGUGGCCCCCGUAGAGGAUUUAAUGCGAGAGGCGAGAGUUAUAUGGUUCGGGCAUGUGAAGAGGAGUUGCACAGAUGUUUCGGUGAGGAGGUGUGAGAGGUUGGCCCUGGAGAGUCUAAGGAGAGGUAGAGGUAGGGCGAAGAAGUAUUGGCAAGAUGUGAUUCGGCAAGAUAUGACUUUGCUCCAGCUUACUGAGGACAUGACCAUGGAUAUGAAGUUUUCUUAUUGCAAUAGCUAG